CAAAUCCCCCCCACCCUACGCGGGCAGCUGACCAAUCGCAUCACAGAUAUUUUGCAGCCGGCCAAUCGUAUCUCUCCUCAUGCAUUUCCCCUUACGGGACGCAAAAAGCUGUCUGUGAAAGCGCCUGGUGAAAAAAAACAAAUUUAAAUUGCAAUUAUUAUCAGUAGUCGACUUGUUUUUUUCUGGACGGGCGGGUGUUGUUGUUCACUGGAAGUUAAGAGCAGCCAGGGGGCACAUCUACUGGUAUAUGAACCCUAAGGAGUAACAGAAUCGUACCAGAAAACAUUGUAUAUCCUAGCUCUAGGAUUAACUCAUAUACCCCCUUCCACAACUCCCUCCAAGAUUACACGGUUUGUCUCUCUUUCCGGCAGGCAGUGCCCCCUGCCGCUGGGAGGAUGGUGGUGGAGGUGGAGAAUUUCUUCGGGGUCUACAUGCUGUACUGCACCAACCCCAAGUUCAAAGGUCGCAUCUACAUCGGCUUCACUGUGAAUCCAGAACGCCGGAUUGGCCAACACAAUGGGGGACGGCAGAGGGGCGGGGCUAAAAGAACAAGUGGACGCGGACCAUGGGAAAUGGUUUUGAUAGUGCACGGGUUCCCUUCAGACAUUGCAGCUUUGCGGUUUGAGUGGGCCUGGCAACACCCUCACUCCUCCCGAAGGCUCUCCCUCGUCUCCCGCAAGUCCAAGCGUGAGUCCAGCCUGGAUUUCCACUGGCGCGUUCUCUCGCACAUGUUGCGGGUGGCGCCGUGGAGCAGGCUGCCCCUGACCGCGCGCUGGCUGAGACAGGAGUACCGCCAAGACUUCCUACCUGGCCUCGAGCCGCCCUUACACAUGCCCGUGGCGUUCGGUUGUGUGCGAGCUAAGAAAACCAGCUGCAAGGACCCUGGCGACCCAGAGACAGCGUCCCACAGGUGCCACAUCUGCUGGGAAAAGAUCCAGACGCCUGCUCACUGUCUCUCCUGCUUCCAUCCCUCGUGCACCAUGACGAGUCACAUGACUUGUCUUGCGCGGGAAUUCCUCAAGGCAGAGCCCGCCCACCUACUUCCUGUGGAAGGUACCUGCCCCAGCUGCAAGAACCAAGUGCUUUGGGGCAGCCUGAUUCGCUACAAGAAAGGUUGCUAUGGUGAUUUAGAGGAAAUUACAUCAGCAUCAGCUUCCCAGAGUCACUGGGCAGACGAUUUGCAGCUGUGAGUCCGCGUCUGCUUUGGAAUAGUGAAACGACAUCUGGAGUUGACCUGCACAACACCAGUUCUCUGCAUUGGACAGGUGUACAAGUGGGGCUUCGCUAUCACAGAGAAAAAACGAACUUUCGCUGUUUUGCAACGCAGUCUUGCAUGAGGGGAUAUGGACAACAUACAGCCCCAGGAUUAGAGGGGAUAAAACACCCACAUAUUUUGCUGCUAUGAAAUUGAAUGAAUUUGGACCAGAUGUUUUUAGAAGCAGGCAUUUAAUGGAUACUCUUGCAAUACUUGAGUGGACUGGAUGAAUUGUGAUAAUUCAUAGAUUAAAAAAAAAAAAAAAAAAAAAAAAUCUCUACAUAGCAAAUGGUUAUUAAAUAAUAAACAAAAUGCUAUUUAAAUAGAUUUUGUACCCCCUUUUUAUUUUUUUACUGUUCACGUUUGCAGUCCGUGUGAAGGUGAGUUUUUUUUUAUCGUGUUUCUCGAUAGCUCAAUCUAACUCGCUUGCGUUUUUUUUUUGUUUUUUUUCCCUAGAUGCUUGUUUUUACUUUCCUGGGCGUGAGAAAUCAAGUGGUAUUUUGAUCUUUUUAGUUGCCCUUCUGCAUGGCAGGGUUCUGCCUUGAAACAGCUCUGGAGGAAUUCGAAGCUGUUUUUAAUCAAGUGCAGAGGAUGGCCAAAUCCUUUUAAAAAGAUGCAUUGAUACACAAGUGACUCUCAGGGUUAAUAAAUACUAAUAACAGAAAACAUAAUUUGAGACGGGCGUACAUGUAAUGCAUAUUUGCUGAAUUAUGUUAUUAAAAGUUUUGAUGAUUUUAAGCGUGCUGAAAGUAGACCAGAC